AUGUCCGCUACUGAGUCACCCACACAGAGCUCGAGGGCUGAUCUAGAAAGCCGCCAGCGCCCCGUAGCAGAACAAGUAUGCAAGGAAUGCCGCCGGAGGAAGUCCAAGAGUCUGACCGAUUUGCAGUGUGAUCGAAUUGUCCCAAUAUGUGUUCUAUGUCACAAAUUUGGGCGGAGGUGCAUCUAUGAAAGGCAGAACAAAACGCCUCUGACUCGGCGCUACCUGACCAAAGUAGAAAGCGAGCUGGCGCGAACAAAAGCAUUGCUGCAACGAUUUGUGUCGGAUGAGCAAAACUCAGAUCAUCAUAUCUUAUCAGACCCAGGAGAAACCGAAGAGCCAUCGCUGCAUUCUCAGAGAGACUCUGAUGCACAGCAUAUGCAGAAUGCUAGGCUAGUGUCCGGCGGUCGGACUGGGCCUGACGCCGUGACUGUGCCCAAUAUCAUAUCUCAAGACUACACUCCGCGAAGGACUCGAAAUGCGCCUAUCAUGAAUUUCACGAAUUCAUUGGGGCGAGCACCAAGCAGGCAGUCCUUGGGGGCCUCUGAAUAUCGCCCACUCGGGCCAUUGGGCAUAUCCUUGGAAUCUCCCCCAUCAUCCAGUAACUUUGAAUGGGAUGAGCGAAUGGGAAAAGCUUCUGGCGAUAAAUUUGUAGAUGGCAUGGCCAGUCUUACUACUCGUUCAAAUGAAGGCGGUUAUUUAGGUGUGGCAUCUGGGGCCGCAUUACUUCGAAUAACAGACACACAAUCGAGCAGCCAAUCGAGCAGCCAAUCGAGCAGCCAUGAGUACAAUUCAAGGCCGUCUCCUGAAGGAUCAAGGCGGCAGCCUGCUAGCAUACCGUUCUCACUAACAUCUCUCUCUCAGCUAGAACCAUUUGUGGAUGCAUACUUCUCAUUAUAUCACCAAUAUUAUCCUAUAGUCCACGAGGCCACAUUCCGGGCUCAAUUCAUGGAGGUCAUUCCUCGGCCUACAGGUAAUGCCUGGCAGGUCUUGUUAUUUGUUUUGGCUGCAGUGGGUGUAUUCACUGCUUCAACCCAACCGAUUGAUACAGACCUUGCUCUUUUCGAAGCCGCCAAGGCAAGGCUUUCUAUCGACAUGCUGGAAACAGGAAACCUUCUUCUUGUACAGGCCUUGACUCUGGCCUCAAAUUAUAUGCAGAAGAGAAAUAAGCCGAACUCUGGCUAA